AUGAACACCGCUACCGCAGGUACCGCGCUGCAGGGGUUCUUCAGGGAUUUUAAGGGAGCCAUCGGGAACUCGUGGGAGGAGGUCCUCCUGCAGAAUUCGCGCAAUGUCAGCACGCCGCUUGCCAUGAGGCUGCUGAGCCAGAUGGGGAUCGGGAAGGAUACCGAGACACCCUUCAAGCUCUUCGAGAAUGCCUGUGGCGCCGGUGUCAUCGCGCCUGCGUUGCAGCAGAUCAUCAAGCCCAACGUCUUGGCUCAGAGCAGCAUCCUGUGCGGUGACUUCUCCGAGGCGGCGAUCGAGCUGGCGAAAAGGAGGCUCAAGAGCGAGGGGUGGGUGAACACCGAGGUCGCCCAGAUCGACGCUCAGAAAACCGGCCUUCCCGACGGUGGCUUCACCCAUGUCGCAACGAACAUUGGUUUUCAUGUCGUGCCCGACUCCGAGGCCGCCCUGAAUGAGUCGAUCCGAAUCCUGCAGCCCGGAGGAAUCCUUGGGUUUACUACCUGGCACACCGAAGUCGGGUGGGCGACCGACGUCAGGGAGGCCUUCCAGUCCUUCCCAUUCGAAGCCCCCUUCAAUUUCCCCAUGCAAACCACGGCGUGGGGUCGCUGGACCGAUGUCAACUGGAUCCGCCGGACGCUCUUGGCCAAGGGCUUGGAGGAUGUCAAGGUGGACGUGUUUGCUUUCCUCAGCCACGUGGAGAGCGUCGACUACUUCCUCUCCAAUUUUGCCAUGAUGAUGGACCUGAUUAUGACUGGCUCGUGGCCCGAGGAGCUGAGAAAGGAGCAUCCGCGGGAGCAGGUGCACGCGCUGAUGAGGGAGUGGCUGGAGAAGAAGUACGGAGGUGACGGCUGGGAUUACAGUUGGGUUGCCGUUGUCGCCAGCGGUCGAGUGCCUGUCAAUGCGCGUGUUUAG